CUUUACGAUUCCGGAGUCCAUUCUCCUUUUCCGUGUAUUUAUCUGCCGGGCUCACAUGCCAAAUGAUAAGACAAUAAAUAUGAACAGAUUUCCUAAAUCUUGACCUUAUUCCCCCAAACCCCUUUUCUUGUUUUCUUAGUAAUUUACCCGCCGCUCGAUCCGAUUGCGAUGGCUCGAUCCAAAACCAUGCCAGCUGUUCCCUCAUCCAGCGUAACUUCUUCCCAAUUCCCCUCCUCCUCUCUUCCUAACGCUUCCUCGGUGCUUGAGAGCGGAUCUCUCCGUAUCCCCGAUCAUCGAUAGAAGCAGAGCUGAUCGGAGGGCCGGCCUUCUAGUUUUCUUCCAUUAGAUUCCUCUAGAGGAUCCUCGGCGAUGUAGUUGGGUCGCUGCUGCUGCUGGUACUUUGCAUCCCUCCGGACGCCGCCGCCGUUUCACGUCCAUUCUUUUGCGGGGAGAUCGCGGCCGAGGUUUUUUAGAUCCGAAUCGCCAUGGAAGGCGGCGGUAAUGUGGAACCGACUCCAUUCUUGAGCUUGUUUGCUGCCUUUUCCUAUGGACUCGCUUCCAUGGCCAUGGUUUUUGUCAACAAGGCAAUUCUGAUGCAGUAUUCCUACUCCAUGACCCUUCUCACUCUACAGCAAUUGGCUACGACCCUUCUCAUAUACUUUGGUCGAGUCAUGGGGUAUACAAAAGCCAAAGAUUUUAAUGUGGCAACAGCAAAGAAACUUCUUCCAGUAUCAGUCUUCUACAAUGCCAAUGUGGCUUUUGCACUGGCAAGCCUGAAGGGGGUUAAUAUUCCAAUGUACAUUGCACUGAAGAGGCUCACACCACUUGCUGUUCUGGUUGCUGGAUCUUUUUCAGGAAAGGCAAGACCACCAACACAGGUAUCUCUUUCAGUUGUAUUUACUGCUGUUGGAGUCAUAAUUGCAGCACUGGGAGACUUUUCUUUUGACCUUUUUGGCUACAGUAUGGCCCUUACUUCUGUUUUCUUCCAGACCAUGUAUCUUAUCCUGGUGGAGAAGUCAGGUGCAGAGGAUGGUCUUUCAUCAGUUGAGCUAAUGUUUUAUAAUGGCCUUCUCUCUCUACCUUUUCUGCUUUUUCUCAUCAUAGCAACAGGAGAAAUUCCACAUUCUCUUUUUGUAGUAUAUGACAAGGCAAGUUCUUUAACAUUCUUAAUAAUUCUUAUUCUUUCAUUGGCGAUGGGAAUUGUUUUGAACUAUACCAUGUUCUUGUGCACUAUUGUCAACUCAGCUCUAACAACUACAAUUGUAGGAGUCCUCAAAGGGGUUGGAUCCACGACCCUUGGUUUUGUCUUAUUAGGUGGGGUGCAAGUGCAUGCCCUCAAUGUGACUGGAUUGGUCAUCAACACAGCUGGUGGUGUGUGGUAUUCAUAUGCCAAAUUUCAGCAGAAACAGAAGAUGCCAAGGAAGGUAAUAUCUGAUGAAGAGACACAUCGAAAAUAGAAAGUGUUACUAACCUGGUAGCUGGUAGCAGUGUGAUAUUUCUUGCGUAAUUUCUCAUUGAUCGCAAUAAGCUGCAUACAAUCUGUCUACUCAGCAAGCGAAUUUCAAAUUAGGGAAAGUAGUUAAUUCUAUUGUAAGCUUUUUGUAUGAGGAACUGAUGAUCAACCGCAAUUAUGACUUGAUUGGAGAUUUUCAAUCACGUUAAACUGCAUCAUAUGUUUUUU